AUGGCCCGCGCCCUGCUGCUGCUGCUGCUGCUGGCGGCAGCCUGCGCCUGGCUGGGCCCGUGGCCGGCGCGGUGCCAGGAGGCGCCGCAGACCCCCGACUGGCGCACGACGCUGAAGACCAUCCGCAACGGGGUGCACAAGAUCGACGUGUACCUCAACGCGGCCCUCGACCUGCUGGGCGGCGAGGACGGCCUCUGCCAGUACAAGUGCAGCGACGGAUCCAAGCCCUUUCCUCGCUACGGAUAUAAACCAUCACCACCAAACGGUUGCGGAUCCCCUCUAUUUGGAGUUCAGUUUGACAUUGGUAUCCCUUCAAUGACAAAGUGCUGCAAUCAUCAUGACAGGUGCUAUGACACUUGUGGCAAUAAAAAAAAUGAUUGUGAUGAGCAGUUUCAAUCCUGCCUUUCCAAAAUUUGCAGAAAUGUGCAGAAGACACUUGGAAUCUCAGAGAGUGUUCAGGCCUGUGAAUCAACUGUUCAGCUGCUGUUUGAUGCGGUUAUACAUUUAGGAUGUAAACCAUACCUGGAUAGUCAGAGAGCUGCGUGUAUGUGUCGAUAUGAGGAUAAGACAGACCUCUGAGAGAAAGAAGGCACCCAGACCUCAUGGUGUAGUAUAAAGUCAAAGAUUCAGCUGGAAUGAAGCAAGUGUCUGGUUACAAAGCUUUAUGCUUUUCAGACAGUACUAUAUAAAACACUGAGAUGAAUAUACUGCUUUUAAAGUCACUAAGAUAUUCUUCCUAAUGGAAAACAAACAAACAAACAAAAAAAAACGCACACCAGUCUUCUUUCCCCAUUAUGCCAGAAGCUUGGAAACUGAAACCAGCUUCCUUUGGUGUAUGUCCACUCAGGGUACACUAUCAUAAAAGCACUAGUGCUUUUUUAUAGCUUUUAAGAAAACCCCAUAAUGGGGAAAUCAGAGAAGAAGAAUUCUCAGAUUAUUAUAAAUAUAGGUCAAAUUUUAAGUUUACUGGCAGAUGCAUCUGAAAGAGCAUUUUGUGUGUGUGUGUGUGUUAAUGACAUCUUAAAUAGACUGUACCUUCAUGCUUGUGAUACAGUUGCCUUGAGUUCUCUCAGAUGAAUACAGUCCCAUUAAAAAAAAAAACCACAACCAAAACCCAAAAUAACCCCAAACAAACAAAGAAGAAAUCCACAACAACAACAAACGACUGAAAAAGCCAAAACAAACACAAGGUCUCAAGCCCUUGGCAAGGGUAUACAGUGGCACUACAUAUUUCUACCUGCUUCUAUAUCAGACUUCUGCAGGACUUUUCAGAUCAAGUACAAUGAUCCUUUUAAGGCUAGACCACUAAAAUGAAGAGUUUGCAACCUAAGGAUACACUUUUGAUUGGACAAAACAGUGGAAAGUAGUUGCUAUGUUAUUUCUAAAAAUGAAUCAAAUGUUUAUUUUUCAAAUAAAAUGUUCUGUGUGGUGUAUUGUAUGCAAAAGAACUUAUGUAUUAUUCAAAGCAGUUGAUUUAUUUUUUGUGUUGUGGAACAGCCUGGUUGCUGUAGUCAUCUUUGCUUUCACUUAGCCUGUUCUGAUGAAAACAAAAAGAAAGCUCCACAGUUAGGAUCAGUGUGCCAAACAAAUUUUUAUAUUUGAAAUGCCUGCUGUGAGGCUGACAGAUAUGUAAGCCUGUAUUUCUGUCAUCUCUUCCCAUGACCUCUGUGAGGCUGAGAAACACCUGAGCCUGUGUGUCUGUCAUCUCUUCCCUCUCUGACUUCUCUAGCUGAAAUCACCUGAUGGCUGAAUUAUUUGGGAUUUGUUCUCAGUAGCGAUCUUUUAUUGCUCACCGUCAGUUGUCAGUCCUUAGUCACUUGUGGUAGGUUCUCGGUCAUGAAGAUUUUGACUUGCUCUCCUGCUGCCUUGAUUCUGCCUUAAAAAAAAAAAAUCCACAGGAGAUGAAAACUAAAAUAUUGCAUCUGCAAACAGGGAGUGGAAACCAUGCUAAAAAGCCUAACAUUUACCCAACUCACAGACUAUAAUGUGAUUUUUUUUCUCUGAAGCUACUUUUACUUUUUUUGUUCUUUACUCUUUGUUUGUGGUAUUUUUGUUUUGUUUUUUAACUAAAACUUACUGUACAUGACAUUGAAUGGAAG